AUGACUGUUGCUACCCACAGAUCUGCACACAACACCAAGAGACUGACUCUUCCAAUUUCGGAUGCGUCCUCUUCUAUCAUGAAGAACCCAGCUGCAAAGACGCCUCCGAUACACGAAGAAACUGAAUGUAGCAACAGCACCUGGGAAACUAUUGACAUUUUCCCUACCACCAUCGAGCAGAAUCAAUUACUUGAGGGUCAACGGGCCAAGAAGCGAUGCAUCGAAAAGGAAAGCUUCGAAAAAGAAACGACCACCUGGAACAUCAGCAGCUGUGACACUAUUGACACCUUCCCUUCCACCAUCGAGCAGCAAGAAUUACUUGAUGGAAAAUGUUGCAAGAAGCAGUAG